UUACGUGAACGAAUCACCAAAAAAUUGGCCUCCUAGUGUUCGGCAAAAGGCGUUAAUGCGAUUAUGCGACACGCAAAAGAGUGUCAACGGUUCCAAGAUUUAUUACAUAUGCUGCGAGCGAGAGGAGAUCACGUGCGGUGUAUCAAGAGUACAGUUGAUCGCUUACGGACAGGAGACCAAGCCUUAUGGAUUUCCCUGGAUGGCGCUGCUGGAAUCAACUAUCCAUGAGGAGCUUCCUUGUGGGGGGAGCCUCAUUAGUGACCGCCACGUACUUACUGCCGCACACUGUGUAAAAGGGCGUACAAUUUUAAGCAUACGCCUUGGAGUGCACGACCUAAAUCGUGAUCAAUACUGUGAUGAACAGCGCAUUCGUUUUAAAGACAGCAACGAAGAUGAAGACGAGUAUUUAUCUAACUGUGGACCACCGGCUCAGCGGAUUCCCGUUCAAACCAUUUCCACGCACCCCAAGUACAGUCCGCGAUCGAAACGCAACGAUUUGGCAAUAUUGCGACUCCGGUAUCCUGCGGUCAUCGGUUACAGCAUUAUACCGAUCUGUUUACCAAUAACGGACGAACUGAGAAUGUAUCUACCGACGGAUUCGUUUGUUACCGGCUGGGGCAUGACAGAGCAAGGGCACAGGUCAUCGAUUUUGCGUUAUGCUGUUUUACCAACAGUACCCGCCGCCGAAUGUGGAAUGCUAAUCAAAGAACUCGAUCGAAUGAUUGUUCUUGAUAAGGGACACCUUUGCGCCGGUGGUAAUAACAAAACGGCACACUGCAAUGGAGAUUCUGGCGGUCCUUUACAGUACAUAUCGGACUCUAAUCGUUUCGUUCUGCAAGGUGUCGUAUCAUUCGGCGUGAAAACAUGCGGUACCAAAGUGGCACCGGGUGUAUUCGCGAACGUGAGUAAUUAUAUUGAUUGGAUUAUUGCAGAAGGCAAGGUACUUCCCUAGCAGACGCAUAAUAUAA